AUGCUGCUUCAUCCGGAUGGCUUUGGCAGCUUCGCGAUCUUCCUCAGUUCGCAGAAGAAGCAGAAACUCAGCAAACGAAGAGGAGGAGUCUCCUCCCUCCUCCCCCCUCCCCCCUCAGAGGAGGAGUCUCCUCCCCCCUCCCCCCUCCCCCCUCGGAGGACGGCGUCUCAGCUGCAGGUCAUGUCAGCGCGGCGGGAGACGAUCCCGCGAGUCACCUUCAGUACAGACCCAGAGGACAGGGCUCCAGCACCUGAGCUGAGGAUGGAUGGGGGGGCGUGUCCUCAGAAGCUGGGAUCGACCAAUCAGCUGCGACUUCUCCUCUUCAUCCUGGUUUCCUCUGUGAGCCUCCUGACCGGAUCGCUGCUGCUGGGGCUGCUGCUGUCAGGGUUCUUUGGAAGUCCCCUCCCCUCCCCCGAGCCCUUUGCUUCCAGCGAACUCGGUUACUAUGGAAACGGCACAAGCAGCCCCUCCUCCCCCUCCUCCACGUUGUCCGUGUCUUCUCCGUCCUCCUCGUCCUCCCCUGCGCUGGACGGCGUCUCCCAGCAGGCCGUGCGCUCCUCUCCGGCUCCGCCCACCUCCGGUCCCUCCACCCAGCCACCGGAUUGGCUGAACUCCGUGACAUCGCUGACUGGCGUCAUUCCUCUCGCCACCACCGGCUCGCCUGACACAGCCUGCCAGCUGAUCACUGAGCCACAGUGUCACAUGCUGCCGUACAACCACACCUGGCUGGCGUCCUCUGCUGCCGUGGUGAGGAGCUCCGAGGUGGACAUGCUGCUCAGGUUCUUCAGCUACCUCAGCAGGCUCUCCUGCUACAGACACAUCCUGCUGUUCGGCUGCUCGCUGGCGCUGCCGGAGUGUGUGUCUGCUGACGGCGUUCAGGACAGGCGUGUGGUGCUGCCCUGUGCGUCCUUCUGUGAAGCUGCCAGAGAAGGUUGUGAGCCAGUUCUCCAGAUGUUCAACGCCUCCUGGCCCGACUUCCUGCGAUGUUCUCAGUUCAACAACACCGUGCCAUCUUCAUCACCUUCAUCAUCCUCAUCUUCAUCGCCUCCUCCGGUCUGCUACUCACCGAGGCAGAUGAAAGGGAAGUCCUCUGUGUGUGGAGGGACGGACAGCUUCCUGUGUGCAUCAGGACUGUGUGUCUCCCAGAAGCUGGUGUGUAACGGCUUCAAUGACUGUGACGACUGGAGCGACGAGACACACUGCGUUUGUACAGAUGCAGAGUUUCGCUGCAGCACAGGUCGCUGUCUGUCACCCUCUCUGGUGUGUGACGGGUAUGAUGACUGCGGUGACCUUAGUGACGAACUCGACUGUGUGUGUGAGCCGUCCCGGGAGCACCGCUGUGGGGACGGACGCUGUGUGUCCUCAGACUGGCUGUGUGACGGAGACCACGACUGCCUGGACAAGAGCGACGAGUUCAACUGCUCCUGUAGAAGCCAGGGUCUCCUGGAGUGCAGGAACGGUCAGUGCAUCCCUCUGGCCUUCCACUGCGACGGUGAGGAUGACUGUAAGGAUGGCAGUGAUGAAGAGCACUGCAACCGAGAGCAGACUCGGGGUGUGUGUGUCCCCGGUCAGCUGGACUGUAGCUCCGCCUCCUGUCAGUCAUCCUGCGGAGGAGGAGGCUCCACCUGCAACCUGAGAAACAACUGCACCGCCUGUGAGCCCAUCAGCCUGGAGCUGUGCAUGAACCUGCCCUACAACCUGACCAGCUACCCCAACUACCUGGGCCACCAGUCCCAGAGGGAGAGCGCCGUGUCCUGGGAGUCCUCGCUGUUCCCGGCCCUGGUCCAGACCGGCUGCUACCAGUUCCUCAUGUUCUACGCCUGCACCCUGCUGGUGCCCAAGUGUGACCCGCUGACCCUGCAGAGGGUCCCGCCCUGCAGGUCUCUGUGCCGGACUGCGAAGGAGAAGUGUGAGUCGGUGCUCGGCAUCGUGGGACUGCAGUGGCCGGAGGACUCGGACUGCGUCCAGUUCCCGGAGGACGGCGGGGACGCGUCGUGCCUGCUGCCCGAGGACGGCGUGGACGAAUGCUCACCCAGCCACUUCAAGUGCCGGUCGGGUCGCUGCGUCCUGGCAACCAAACGCUGUGAUGGACACCCGGACUGCGACGACCGCAGCGACGAGGACCACUGCGGCUGCUCGGAGCGUGCUCUCUGGGAGUGUCCCGGCAGUUCAGUCUGCAUCCAGACCAGUAUGAUCUGUGACGGCUUCCCAGACUGCCCCCUGCUGGUGGACGAGGCCAACUGCUCUGUGUGUAGAGAUAAUGAGGUCUCCUGUAACAACCAUCAGUGUGUCCAUCGAACUCUGUGGUGCGAUGGAAGGAAACACUGCUCCGACAGCUCUGAUGAGUGGAACUGUGUGUCGCUGGACAGCUCUGGGCUCACCGUGCUCAGAACGGCCUCGGAGUACCAGGUGUGCGCCGACGAGUGGAACCCCGAGCUGAGCGCCCUGACCUGCCAGCAGCUGGGACUAGGGUAAGAGUCCCCUCCUAUGUUGCCAUGGUAACUGACGACCCCCGCUCCCCUGGCCGUCGCCGUUGGUUACACGUCCAUCCGGAGUGGAGUCAGAGGAACGGCACGGCGCUGCAGGGCCGGCUGGAGAAGAGGAGCCAUGCAUGUCAU